UCUCUGUAAAGAUAAAUAAAUAAAUAUUUUAAUUAAAAAUAUUUAAGAAGGAGCAUUGACAGGACUCGAUAACUGGUUGGAUGUGAGAAGUGACAGCAUACGGGUGACACCCACACACAGCCUCCCUAUUCCUUGAGCAGAGAGGCUAAGAACAGAAAGUGUAGAGACAGGGUCAGGCAGAGUUAUGAUCAGUUUGCUUAAGGCAAAUAAUUUUGCUCCAAUUUCUUCAUUUUAAAUAAAGCUGAUAAUAUUACCUACCUGUCGGGAUGUCUGUGAGGAUUAAAGGAGAUGGUACAUGCAAAACCAUCAGUUUCCGGGGGACUGGUACAAAGAAAUAAUACAUGGUAGCUUUCCAGUAUACUUAUCAGUGCAAUAUCCUAUUGAAUUAUUCAUUUACAUAAACCUUAUCCUACUGAAAUGUGCCCCCUCCCCCCAUAGCUUGGAGUGGGUGACUAGCUUUUGUAGCCCCAUUUCUAGCCCUGCGGGCGCCCAGCCUGGGCUGGAGCGUAGGGGACCCAGGCACCGCUCCGGGAAGUCAGACGUGCGAGUGCCUCUGACUCAGUCCCUCUCCUUGUGCCCAUUACACGGAUGAGCAAACUGAAACCCAGAGCCACGCGGUCACAAGACAAGUUACUGGCGGAGUCCAGUUUCUAGAAUCGGAUUUUCUGCAGAUAGAGGCCUCAGUUCCUCAUUUCUCACACCCAUCCCCCACGCCCAUCCUCGCUCAGAAUCAGCACCGUGAAGAGCUGCGCAGUUUUUCUGAGAAGGAAGUUGGAUCAUCAGUCCCACGAAGCCCGGGGAACUCUAAAAAUAAAGGAAGGAAAACCCCUCCCCGCUUCUUGGGUAUCUGUGAAUGAGGAAGGAUUUUUUUCUAGUUAUGAGGCAAGAGGAUGCACUCUGCUGAGAGUCCCCCUUGGUUCUGGCUCACACCUCUGGUUUGUGGUCCCCGUUGAGGGGAGAUUUGGGGGUCGCGAGGCAUCAAUGGGUGAUUUUGCGAAGAGGGCAGCUGGGAGAAACAGUCUGCGCUCAGACUUCCUCAGUCGCGCUUCAGAUGGCGGCUGCCCGGCCACGCCCCCAGCGGCUGGAGAGACCCUUUUCCCAAAAUGGAGAGCGCGAAGGGCGAGAACGUCCAUCAGAGUUUGGCCCCGCCCCCGAGGACAGCGAGGGCCAAUUAGCGACCCUCAGGGCGGGUGCGAGGCCAGGGGAGGAGGCUGCUGUUGCCCUAGCAACCACCCGGGAGAAGGAAGGCGGUCGCGGCCUGGGAGGGAUCUCGGCGCCGCGGGUCUCUCCCUGCCGGGAAGAUCGCGGGAGAGCGCGAGCCAGGCGGGAAAGCAGCGCCGGUGGAGAGAGGGACAGGUCAGGCCCAUCAACUCCAGUCCCGAAGCCGCUUUCGCGCCUCCUGGUAGCGGUUCUGAAGGCUAUGGCUGAAGUGCACGUGAUCGGGCAGAUCGUAGGGGCCACCGGCUUCUCGGAAAGUAGCCUCUUCUGCAAGUGGGGCGUCCACACAGGGGCGGCAUGGAAGCUCCUAUCUGGCGUACGGGAGGGCCAAACACAGGUGGACACCCCCCAAAUAGGGGACAUGGCCUACUGGUCCCACCCCAUUGACCUGCACUUUGCCACCAAAGGCCUCCAAGGCUGGCCCCGACUUCAUUUCCAGGUGUGGUCCCAGGAUAGCUUCGGCCGCUGCCAGCUUGCCGGCUACGGCUUUUGUCACGUGCCCAGCAGUCCAGGCACCCACCAGCUGGACUGUCCCACAUGGCGGCCUUUGGGCAGCUGGCGGGAGCAGCUGGCACGGGCCUUCGUGGGGGGUGGGCCUCAGCUGCUGCAUGGGGACGCCAUUUACAGUGGGGCCGACCGCUAUCGCCUGCAUACAGCCGCUGGUGGCACCGUGCACCUGGACCUGGGCCUGUUGCUGCGCCACUUUGACCGCUACGGCGUGGAAUGCUGAGGCACCUGCCUUCUCGGCCCAUCCACACCCCUGGGCACCCGUAAGGGGCAGGAUGGUGCAGUGGUCAGAAACGCGGGCUCUGGAGACUGCCUUACCCGACCCAGCCGAGGCCUGGGGCAGCUUCUGUCUGGCCAGCACCGCAAGCCCAGUACCUCUCCCUCCGAAGUCCAUUUUCCCAUCUGUGAAAUGGGGGCAGCAAGUAUGUGGGGUCCCAGGGGUUUGGGGAGAAGAGGCUGCCUCACACAUGGAAGUGCUAAAUAAAGAACAGUUCUGACA